AGAAGAGCUUUUGAAUCGCAGCCUUGGUCGUUAAACGGUUGUUAUCAAUUAUUUUGAAGUUAACGGAUAAAUUAAAUAGGAUUUUAGAAUGACUUUAAGAGGGCCACUGUGUCGUCUUCUACGGACGCAACUCAACAAUACCUGUCAGAGCAGAACUCAUUCUGUGGCUGUUUUAGGAGCCCCAUUCUCAAAAGGACAGAAAAGGAGAGGGGUGGAAAAUGGACCCAAAGCCAUCAGAGAUGCUGGUCUGAUCGAGAGACUUUCACAUCUGGAUUACCCAGUGCAUGACUUUGGAGACCUGAGCUUCCAGCAUCUGGAGAAGGACGAGCCCUACAUGCACGUCCCCUUCCCUCGCACUGUGGGCAGAGCUAACAAACUGCUGUCAGGGGCCGUCAGCAACGCUGUGGAAGCCGGACACACUACCAUCAUGCUUGGAGGAGACCACAGCCUGGCCAUUGGUUCAGUGGAAGGCCACGCCAAGCAGUGUCCUGACCUGUGUCUGAUCUGGGUCGAUGCCCACGCUGACAUAAACACGCCCUUCACCUCUCCCUCAGGCAACCUCCACGGACAGUCGGUGGCCUUCAUGAUCAAAGAGCUGCAGAACAAGAUGCCAGAGCUCCCAGGCUUCUCCUGGGUGAAGCCCUUCCUGUCGGCUAAAGACCUGGUCUACAUUGGCCUGAGAGACGUAGACCCGGGAGAGUACGACAUCCUGAAGGACUUGGGUGUCCAGUACUUCACAAUGAGAGACAUCGACAGGCUCGGUAUCCAGAGAGUCAUGGAAGUCACUUUCGACCACCUCUUGUCAAGGAAGCAGCGGCCAAUCCAUCUGAGUUUUGACAUUGAUGCGAUGGACCCGUCUCUGGCCCCAGCCACAGGAACACCAGUGAACGGAGGUCUGACUUACAGAGAAGGAAUUUGGAUCACAGAGGAGAUCCACAACACAGGGUUGUUGUCAGUGAUGGACCUUGUUGAGGUCAACCCAGACCUGGGGGCGAGUCGUGAGGCGGUGGAGAGCACUGCUUCCAUGGCGGUGGACGUCAUCGCAUCCGCCCUAGGGCAGACCCGUGAGGGAGGUCCCAUCACUCAGGAGUCGCAAACGCUUAAAGAGGACACGGAACAGCUCCGGCUCUAGAACACACAGCUUCUAGAACACACAGCUUCUAGAACACACAGCUUCUAGAACACACAGCUUCUAGAACACACAGCUUCUAGAACACACAGCUUCUGGAACACAGCUUCUAAAAGACUAAGAACUUUCAACAUAUGACCACUUGGCAUUCCUGAAUUCUAAAAGACUUUACAUACACACACGCUGAUGCAGUAGUUGGAAAGUGUUUUGUUACAUCUUGUGUGUGUGUGGUGCUGUAUGGCAACCUGUUCAACAGUCAGUCAAACCUCAAUCAUGACUGAACUUAUAAUAACUAAUAAGCCCAGUUAAAGGCUUAUAUGCCUUAUUUACUAAGAUGACUUGGAAAAACUUAGCCUGGGCCCAGAGCUUUGCUAUCGUGUCAUCUGUUUGGCAGGACAAGGAAUCGCACAAAAUAGUCACACAAACAGACUGGUACCCAGGCUAUAGAAAGCUCUCAUCUAAAAUGUUGACUGUAAUUGAUUGUGAUCAGCUGGUCUCCCUGGCCUUGGAAAGACAGCCUCCCCAGCUCCACUAGGGAAAUGUUGACUGUAUUUGAUGGUGAUCAGUGGUAUACCAUAGACAUGGUGAUCAGCGGUAUGCCAUAGACAUAAUUACAAAAACUCAACAUUGCUGAUGACUUGACGCUGCAGCUCUGUAAUGGGGUUGUAUGAAGCCGGACACGACGACAAGCAUGAAACUGAAAACUACGUUUAGGUGCAGACUGUUAUUAUUAUUCUACUAAUGUGUUUGGUUUGGACAUAUACCUCAGCUAAAUACGUAGUGGCUGUGCCAGUUGAGUUGUCGUAGGGAUGCUGUGCCAGCUGGUAGGGAUGCUGUGCCAGUUGGUAGGGAUGCUGUGCCAGUUGAGUUGUCGUAGGGAUGCUGUGCCAGCUGGUAGGGAUGCUGUGCCAGUUGAGUUGUCGUAGGGAUGCUGUGCCAGCUGGUAGGGAUGCUGUGCCAGUUGAGUUGUCAUAGGGAUGCUGUGCCAGCUGGUAGGGAUGCUGUGCCAGUUGGUAGGGAUGCUGUGCCAGCUGGUAGGGAUGCUGUGCCAGUUGAGUUGUCGUAGGGAUGCUGUGCCAGCUGGUAGGGAUGCUGUGCCAGUUGGUAGGGAUGCUGUGCCAGUUGAGUUGUCGUAGGGAUGCUGUGCCAGCUGGUAGGGAUGCUGUGCCAGUUGAGUUGUCGUAGGGAUGCUGUGCCAGUUGAGUUGUCGUAGGGAUGCUGUGCCAGUUGGUAGGGAUGCUGUGCCAGUUGAGUUGUCAUAGGGAUGCUGUGCCAGUUGGUAGGGAUGCUGUGCCAGUUGAGUUGUCGUAGGGAUGCUGUGCCAGCUGGUAGGGAUGCUGUGCCAGUUGAGUUGUCGUAGGGAUGCUGUGCCAGUUGGUAGGGAUGCUGUGCCAGUUGAGUUGUCAUAGGGAUGCUGUGCCAGUUGAGUUGUCAUAGGGAUGCUGUGCCAGCUGAGUUGUCAUAGGGAUGCUGUGCCAGUUGGUAGGGAUGCUGUGCCAGUUGGUAGGGAUGCUGUGCCAGUUGAGUUGUCGUAGGGAUGCUGUGCCAGUUGAGUUGUUGUAGGGAUGCUGUGCCAGUUGAGUUGUCAUAGGGAUGCUGUGCCAGUUGGUAGGGAUGCUGUGCCAGUUGAGUUGUCAUAGGGAUGCUGUGCCAGUUGAGUUGUCAUAGGGAUGCUGUGCCAGUUGGUAGGGAUGCUGUGCCAGUUGGUAGGGAUGCUGUGCCAGUUGAGUUGUUGUAGUGACGCUUAUGCACUUUUGGACCAGAUGUGGUUUUGACACAUUUUAUUAGAAGUAUUGUGUUUUUUAGUUUUACAUUUGAAUAAUCACCAUUAUGAAUCCAUGUUUAUGUAUUUACUGUAUGGUUUUACAUUUGUAACAGUUUUAAAUGACUAGGUAACGCUUUUCUCCAGUAAAUUUCUAUAAGUUAAAAGUAGUGUACGUAAUGGAUAUGGUAAAUGCUGAUAAGAGUGAAAUAAUAUUAUUUUAUUUACUAAAUGUAAAAACAUGCCUUUUGAUGUGACCACUGAAUCUGUAUUUUAAAUAAAGUAAUUUAGUCUUCCACAAUGA